CCUAGACUGGAAGCUGGUGUGGUUUGCUUCAUGAUUCUCUCGUUGUCUGUGGUGCUAGGGGUUGUGGCAAGCAGCGGACUCCAGCCAGGCAUGAACUGUGCUUCCAGGAUCUGCAGUUCUAUGCAUCCUUCGAGUGAUCCGUCCAAUCCCCGUUGCGAAAUCCCAGCGGACUCCAGCACGUGUCCCAGCAAAUGUUGUGCAAACAAACAGUGCAGCGAAUGCCGACAACUCCCAGAAUGCAAAACAGGCGAAGAAUUAAUAUGUUCAGGUAGCUUCGACUUCAGGUUCCUGUGCAAACCCUGCCCCAAUGGCACCUACUCCGAUUCAAAGAACCGAUGCUGCACUCCUUGGAUAGACUGCAAGACAUUAGGAUUGAAAUGUCUUCAGCCGGGGAACCGGACUCAUAAUGUGCAGUGUGGCCAAGAUCCCAUCACCGUCAUUAUACAACCAGAUCGAUUCCUACCCCCCUCAGAUUCCACGUUAACCACCGUCCUGGCUGUCCUGACGGCUGCAGGCAUCUUCAUCCUCAUCCUGAUGACCUUCUGCUUACUUGUCUGUACCUGGAUGCAGAAGGCGGAGAAGUUCCCCAUCGACAAAGAACCCGAGAUCGUCAGCGGUUCCAACCUCCCGGAGUCUCAGCAUCUUCGUGAAGAUUCCUUCAGCUGCCAGUUCCCAGAGGAAGAGCACGGGGACAAGAUGGCAGGAGAGCUCUCACUGAACUUACCAGCGCACUGAAAGCGCGGGCACAUCUAUAGCACCUCUAGGUGACUCCCUGCUGGACACACAAGCUGCCUUGAAAAGGGCUGCGUUUUGUGGGUUAUGGGCCUAUCCGAGAGGCUUUGCCCCGGGUUGACUGUUCU